AACGACGAAAAAUUUCACUACGUGCACAGUAGAUGGUUCUUGAAAUUUUAAACCUCUAUGGUUGUCAUAGACAACGUUGGAUACUUCAUUUUCCCAAAACUCACAUUUUCAACUGUUAAAAAUAUUGAAGAUGGUUUCCAAAAUGGAGAACCAGAAUCCUCGUGAACUUGAAGCUGGUACUUACUUGGAAAAACAUCGAGUACUAGAUUUGCUCGAUAAUAUGACCUCCAUGUUAAUAUUCGGGAGACCAGAUGAUCCAAAAACUUUCCUUAUUCAACAACUUGAAAAGCUAAAGAUUGCAAAACAGAGUGGAAUGUAUUAUCCCUGCCUGUUUGAUGAUAGCAACUUGACCUCAAUAUUUGGAAUGCUGGAUCCAACUAAACGAGGAUUUAUUACAAGAGAACAAUUUGUUGAAGCACUAUCUACUCUUGGUGUGAAAAACUUUGAUGAAUAUCCACCUGGAUCUGAAGUUAAUAAAAUAACUCUUGAUACUUUUCUUAGAGAAUCGAAACAGGGUUUGACUAAAUCUUCAUCUACGUUCAAACAAUGAAUAUUCUUCUUUACAUUUUGUUCUCCAUAUUUCUUUCAGGUCGAUACAUUUUAUAAAUAUGGACUUGCAAUAAAACCAUUGUAUUUUGUGCAUGGUUUAUUUAGCCAGCAUUAAAUAUUUUAUGAUCGU